CUUAAAUGAAUAAUUAAACCACUUAACGACAAUAAUGAACCACAAGGAGUGGUAAUGGUGGCCAUGGCGAUGGUGAUUUCCUAGAGAGAGAGAAAAAGAUCGAAGAAAACCAAGAAGCAUAAGAAAGAUCAAACAAGUCCAACACGACACACACACUCUGAUUCACCGAGUUUCCAUAUAAAGAGACAAGAACCGUUUACUUCGGACAAGGAGACAUGCAAAACUAAUCUGGUGUCUUGUCUUCUUCACCGUCGGUCCAUCUAAUUCUCAAAAAAGGUUUUCUUCUUCUUCAACUUGUUAGACGUUAUGCAUCAGAUGAAUAAGAAAGAUUCAACUUUGCCGUACCUUAACACUAGCAUCUCAUGGGGAGUGGUUCCAGCUGAACCCCUAAGCAUGAAAGUGGUUGAUGCAAGGCCUGAACAUACCACAAAGCAAAUCAGUUUCCAGGACCAGGAUUCAUCUUCAACUCAGUCCACUGGUCAGUCUUACACUGAUAUUGCUAGUAGUGGUGAUGAUGAUAAUCCUUCCAGACAAAUCCCUUUUUCAACAAAAUCAGGAUCUGAAGAAACUCAGCAUAAGGGCUUCACAACUCAUCCUAAACCCGGCUCCAUGACCGGACUCCCUAGUAUCCACUUUGCUCCACCGCAGGCUAAUUUCUCUUUUCACUAUGCUGAUCCACAAUUUGGUAGUAUGUUAGCUGCAACUUAUCUGCCACAGGCACCAGCAUGCAAUCACCAAAUGGUGGGUAUGGUUCCUGGUCGAGUUCCGCUACCAGCGGAGAUCACUGAGACUGAGCCAGUCUUUGUCAAUGCGAAGCAGUAUCACGCAAUCAUGAGGAGACGGCAGCAACGUGCCAAGCUUGAGGCUCAGAACAAACUAAUCAAAGCGAGGAAGCCGUAUCUUCAUGAGUCUCGACAUGUUCAUGCUCUUAAAAGGCCAAGAGGAUCCGGUGGAAGAUUCCUCAACACCAAAAAGCUUCUUCAAGAAUCCGAACAAGAACAUGGCAAGUCAGUCCAACAGGAAAGCGAAAAGGCAAACAUGUCUAGAUUCGAAGCUCAUAUGCUGAAACACAGCAAAGACCGUGGCUCAACCAACUCUGGAUCAGACAUUACAUCUCUUUCCGACGGUGCUGAUGUCUUUGGACACAGUGAAUUCCAGUUUUCAGGUUUCCCAAUCCCAACUCAGACUAACCAAGCCAUGCGUGUUCAUGGUCAGUCCAAUGACAUGCAUGGAGGUGGGGACUUGCACCAUUUCUCUGUCCAUAUCUGAGACAUUGGAUCAUUUGGUGCUGUUUCCAUGUUCCCACCAAACGGGGGAAGUCAUCCUUGGCUACUACUACUAGUUCUGUUACUUGCUACUGUUUUCAUUUCACUUUAUGUAUGUGUUAGACAUCACAACAACAACCAAAAUCUUCACUUUGGAACACACUUUUUCACUUAUGUGUAAACUACUAGUUUGAUUUUCUUAUAAACUUUGAAUUGCUUUAUGUAAUGAAGAAGUCUCUGGAUUA